UGAUCACGUUAGCGAGUUCCGUUGUCAUAAUGACGGAACGAGGCCGAGACCGCAAGUGGAGUAUGCAGGUCACGGCCCUUUACGACUACGAACCUGAACAAUCCGAUGAGUUGAGUUUCCAGGAAGGAGACGUGCUGCGAGUUCUGCACGUACAAGAUGACGGGUGGUGGUCUGGAUACAACGUGGAGAGUCCCGAUGUCGUCGGCCUCUUCCCAUCGAACUACGUGCAGGCAGUGAGGACUGUUCCUCGGAUACAGAAUACCACAAAUUUAGUUGAUACAGGCACGACUCCACGGCCUCCUGCGAGCGCACGACAACGAAUUCAGCAGCAGACUCGACAAGAGUCCGACCCGCCUGAACUCGAUGAUGAUGAAGAAGAAGCAGACGAAGUGAAAGAACUGCGUGGGCAUGUCGGAGCUGUCCUUCAGUUGCGCAAAAAUCUGGAGCAGGCGGAGCGAGCUACUGAAGCAGCGCGAGAUGCACGGCGGCAGGCAGAGCGAGAAAGAUUAAGACAGCGAAAAAGCUGGAGAGAACGCGAACAGGUCCAAGAUACAGAAGAAGAAGACAUGGACCAACAAGCAGUUGAAGCGAAUGAGGACGAUACUGAAGAUGAAGAAGAGUUAGUAUUUCCACAGCUACAGGGCGACAUGCAUGAGACUGAUCGACAGGAGGUAGAAGAAGCUGAGGCAGAUAAAAGCUCCAACAUCAUCAAGAACGAGGUACAGGGUACAGAGAACGCAAACGCAGAGAGCGCUGCUGCCUCGGUGAUUGCAAGGUGUUAUCGAAGACACGUUGGUAUCAUUCGAACCAACUGCGAGCAUGAACGGGAAGUUGAGCAGCAAAAAUUAAGCGAGAUCGCAGCAGAUCACAUUCAGCGGUGGGCAGCACAGGCCUAUUCUAGACAACGUAAGCAAAAGGCAGCACAACGACGCUUGCAACGAGAAAAUGACGCGGCUACUUUCAUGCAGAGAUGGAUCCGCCUGCGAUGGGCAUGUUUCUGGCGCAAACGCGUGCAAAUUGAGCGAACACUGAAAGAAGCCCAGCAAGCACGAGAGAUUGAAAAGCUUCAAGGUGAAAUGGAGGAAAAGAAGUGCCGAGAAGCUGAAAACGAGCAUCAGCUAGCGAAGGAGAAGGAAGAGCGGCAACUACUUGAGCAAAAGAUUAAAGAGGAGGAGGAACAACAUCGAGUUCUGCAACAGAAGCUUGAAGAUGAGCAACAGCAAUUACGACAACUCCAGUUGGAAGCUGUGGAGAAGGAAGUGCACCGCCGCUUUAUACAGGCACAAGGACAGGAAGAGGGAAAUGGUCACCAUGAUGCUGAUCCUGCAGCGCCUUCUCAAGCCCCUUCAGUUGGUAAAACACGUCGAAAGGUGAUGAAGAAAGAGGCAGUAGACUUGAUCAAGACGUUGGUCCAGCAGCAGCUUGGGGAGACUCUACGUGAUCACGACGCCAAGAUGGAUGAGCUCCAACGUAUGGUUACAAGGCUACAAACGGUAGUGCGGAAACAGAAGUAG